AUGAGGCUUCUACUGUUGGCCGCAGCCUGGGUUUCAUAUGUCUCCUUGGCUUCAGCCGUUUGGUUGGAUACCAAUAAUGAAACAACCAUUAAGGAGGCCACGGCACAAGUGGCUGAAGGCCUUCUCAACUACUAUCAGGGAAAUCAAUAUGGUGGAACCAUAGGCAUGUUUACUUGGCCGUACUACUGGUGGCAUGCCGGUGGUGCGUUCGGAUCCCUUUUGGAUUACUCCUAUUAUACUGGCGAUAGCAAGUAUGACGAUCUUAUUGAGCAGGCUCUUACUUAUCAGGUUGGUGAACAUUACAACUAUGUUCCUUUAAACCAGAGUACCACUGAAGGUAACGAUGAUCAAGCUUUCUGGGGUUUUGCUGUGAUGGCUGCUGCAGAACACAACUUUACAAACCCAGAGGACCCUAAAUUGGCUUGGUUAGCUCUUGCACAGGGUGUAUUUAACACCAUGAGUUCAAGAUGGGAUAUGGAUCAUUGUAACGGUGGCUUACGUUGGCAGAUUUUCCAAUGGAACUCCGGUUACGACUACAAGAACUCGGUCUCUAACGGUGCACUCUUCCAUAUGAGUGCAAGAUUGGCGAGGUACACUGGUAAUGAUUCUUAUGUUGACUGGGCUGAGAAAGUCUUUGAUUGGAUGUACGGAGUCCAUCUUUUGACCGAGGGCGAGGAAUGGUUCGUCUACGAUGGUACACAUGCCCCUGACAACUGUUCAGAGGUCACAAAAUGGCAGUGGACCUACAACCAAGGACUCAUGUUGGCUGGAUGUGCUUACUUAUGGAACUAUACUGAAGAUGAGAAAUGGCACAACCGUACGUUGAAUUUCUUGCACUCCGCUAGAGUAUUCUUCUACAAGAAAUCUGAGGAUGCUACUAUCAUGUACGAAGCAGCAUGCCAAAGCCCUACUAGUGCAACUUUUUCUUGUAACCAAGAUCAAAGGUCUUUCAAGGCUUACUUUUCUCGGUUCUUGGGACUUACCUCAAUUCUUGUGCCAGAAACGUACGACCAAAUCCGCCGAUGGCUUGUCGACUCUGCUAACGCCGCUGCAUGGUCUUGUAGUGGAGGUUCUGAUGGCCACACAUGCGGCCUCUCAUGGACAAAUGGCUCUUGGGACGGGGUUUAUGGCUUAGGUGAACAAAUGAAUGCUCUUGAAGUCAUGCAAAACUUGUUGGUCGCCGAAAGACCAGGGCCAUUGACCGCAGAUACUGGUGGCACUUCCAUUGGCAAUCCAGCUGCUGGAUAUGCUAUAGCAAAGACCGAUGGGCAGCCCCUUGACCUUGAUGCUGGCGACAAGGCCGGCGCCAGUAUUAUCACUGCGAUAGUAGGUGUCGCUAUUAUUGGUACCGCUACAUGGCUAGUAAUCUAA